GGAUCAGUGUAGUUUUUGCAAGUUUUGCAAAUUGUUUAUAAAAUGGCAAGCGUUGUGUUAUUGCAGUCACCGCCGCCAAAAUUGGAAGAUUUUCAGAAAACAAUAUUUAGUACAGGAGCAACGGACUUCUUAGAAAGUCUUCACAAGAAAUUUAGUGAAAAGAUUGAGAAUCUCUAUACAGAUAGGUUGCGACGCAGUGUUGAGAUAAAAGUGAAUUGUACAUUAAAUUUUUGUAAUUCUCCCGAACGAAAUGACAAAUCUUGGAGUGUUGCCCCUUUACCGUCCAGACUUCUAAAUCGUCAUCUAGAUCUUGGAGAUGUUUCUGCUUCAAACACUGCACAUUUUGUAUCAGCCUUAAAUGAAGACGUACAAGGGAUCCAGGUUGAUUUUGAUGAUGGCCACUGUCCGACAUGGAAGAACCAGUUGUUAGCAUAUCAAAACAUAAAUCUGGCUGUCAACGGUAAACUCCCUGGAGCACCAAUGAAUAUAGCGAUGUGUCCUAUAUUAAUGCUACGACCUCGUGCUUGGAACAUGAUUGAACAUAAUAUAUUGAUUGAUGGCAAAGAAGCAAUCGGACCUCUGGUUGAUUUCGGUAUCUUGAUGUAUCACAAUGCAAGGCAACUUUAUGAAGCAGGCAGCGGCCCUUACUUUUAUCUCUCUAAGCUGGAAGGAGCUGCAGAAGCAAAGUUGUGGAAUGAAAUAUUCGUCUGGUCUCAACUCCAGUUAGGUCUACCGCAAGGAACAAUAAAGGCAUGUGUACUGAUCGAGAAUAUAGUCUCAAGUUUUGAGUUAGAUGAAAUACUAUAUGCAUUGAAGGAACAUUCCUUGGGGCUCAACUGUGGUAUAUGGGACUAUUGUGCUUCUAUCAUUGCAAAAUUUGGGCAUGCAAAAGAGUUCUUACUACCUGAUAGGAACAAAUACGUGAACAUGGAACGAGACUUUUUAAAGAAUUACUUGCGUGUAGUAGUUAGUACAUGCCACGCCCGCGGCGCGCCAGCCACCGGUGGGAUGGCUGCAGCGAUGCUGAAACCUGGCACUGAUGGCACAGAUGAAGAAUCUAAACAGAUUAUCAGUAAGAUUCUCGACUCUAAAAUGAAGGAGAUAGAAGUGGGAGUUGACGGAUUUAUGGUUUACGACACGAGAACCAUACCUCAUAUAAAUAGGCUAUGGAAAAAUUACGGAGACACACCCAACCAGAUAUUCAAAAAGUUCGAAGUGGAUCUGGUUCCCGAGGACCUGUUGGUGAUACCGCGCGGUGGUGUGACGUCACACGGCCUGAGGCACAACGUGGCGGUGUCCGUGCUGUUCGUGUACCACUGGCUCGCGGGCACUGGACACUUCUUCUACAACGGCAACGUGGAGGACUCCGCCACCGCCGAGAUAUCCAGGUGCCAGGUGUGGCAGUGGAUACGAUUCGCGGUACCACUCGAGGACGAUCCAAAAGAGCGGGUUACAGUGAAGUUGAUCGACAAGACCGCCUCAAACUUCGCUGCGCACGCGCACAAGAACUUUUGCCGCUCAAACGCUGAACGCAAGCGUCUCACCGCGGCACGAUACAUGUGCAUGGAACUGUUCCUCGCUAGGAACCCGCCGGAGUUUAUAACGUCAUAUCUCAACGACAAUCACAAGUUCCGAACGCUUCACAAUAAGGCCUUGUUGAGUAAUUUGUAGUCUUUUACUUAAUUUUCGUCAUCGAUGUUAAAAGCAAUACAGCGAUUGAAAAUAUCAUAUAUGUAUAUUUUGUAAGCCAAGAUUUACUGUGUAUUUUAUAGUUCACACGAUAUAUUUUAUGUACUGUUGGCAAAUAAAUAAAUUGUUUCA